UAUGCGUUGCCAUAUCACAACCACAAGAGUUCCCCAAGUACGAUAGAUAAAAGCUCAUAUCGGCAUGCUGUCCCACACAUUCAAAACUAAGUGAAAAAAAACUCGUGGUUGCCUUUCUCUUAAUCAACAAAAACCGACAACCAUGAGGCAAAAGGUAGUGAUCAAGGUUACUUCAAUGAAUGGACAGAAGUCACUCUUCAAGGCGAUGAAGAUUGCAGCUUGGGUUUCCGGCGUUGAAUCAGCGGCUUUAAUGGAAGAUUACAAGACUCAGAUAGAGAUAACUGGAGACGGGAUGGACGCCGUUGAUCUUACGAGUUUGCUAAGAAAGAAAGUGGGCUAUGCAGAGAUUGUAAGCGUUGGUCCUGCAGGGGGUGGAGAUAAGAAAGACGAAAGCAAACCAACGGAAACUGGGCCAAAAAUUCAGAGCCCUGGAUGUCUGGCCUUAUCCCGGCGGUGUGCCUCACUACGCGUUUGCCGCUGAUCGACCCUAUGACCCCUAUUACAAUUCUUGCUCAAUCAUGUGAAAUAUAUGGAAAAGACAGAGAGAGGCAGAGUAUUAGAGAAUGCUUUGUGUGUAGUUGGUUAAUCGAAGGGAGGCAAUUGUUACUCAGCUGAGAUUGUGUUGUAGAAAAGGGAUAGAGACAUUGAUUUGCGUUAGCAGGAGCACAUGGCUUUGGGAUUUUGUUGUUCUUUACCAUGUUCUUUUUCAAUAAAGAAUAAUUCUCCUCUUUAUGUUACAAAAA